GAUUUUUUUCUCCCUUCAAUUUUACCAAAAGAAGAAAGGGAUUAGGUUCUUCACUUCCUUAGACUUUGUCUAUGAUUAUAUCCUUUUUAAUUUUGUUUUUCAUUCACAUUCCUUCCAGUCUAGGGUUAUAGGAGAGCUUGAGGGUGUGAUAGGGAACAAAUUGGUUAAGGCAUUUCUUCUCAUCUGCAAAAUCUAGGGUUUCUGUUUGAUAUUUGGUUUCAAAAAAUUUUCCCAGUGAAUCUUGUUAUUCUCUUCACAUCAACUUGAGCUUUCUCAUGCCAAGAAAGAUUUUCAUUUUUCGGGUUUCAUUUUAGCAAUACUUUUUUUUUCCUAAUUUGAGUUAAUUUUUUCAGUUACUCCCUUUCUAUUUUUGGAAACUUUUUUCUCAUCUGGGUCUUUGGGACCAUCAAAAUCAGUUUCAGUAGUUCAGACAAAUACAUAGUAAUUCCUAGGAUUCAACCAGUUGACCUUUUUCUGGGUUUGUCUUUCAGGAUUCAUUUUUUAUUUUGGUUGUAGGAUAAGUACUGCUGGUGAGAAUAUGGUGAGAGGGAAAACUCAGAUGAAGAGAAUAGAAAAUGCAUCAAACAGGCAAGUAACGUUUUCAAAGCGAAGAAAUGGGCUGCUUAAAAAGGCCUUUGAGUUAUCAGUUCUUUGCGAUGCUGAAGUUGCACUUAUCAUCUUCUCUACCAGAGGGAAACUAUAUGAGUUUUCUAGUUCUAGUAUGAACAAAACCAUAGACCGGUAUCAGAAGAGAGAGAAGGAUCUUGGAAUCAUCAGCAAAGCAGUAGAAGGAAAUAUGCAGGAUGACGCUGAAAGCAUGGCAAAGAAGAUUGAAUUACUCGAAGAUUCUAAACGAAAACUAUUGGGAUAUGGAUUGGAACCAUGUUCUCUUAGUGAUCUACAACUGUUAGAAAACCAACUGGAUCGAAGCUUAAGCAGAAUUAGGGCAAGAAAGAAUCUGUUAUUUUUUGAGCAGAUUGAGAAGCUAAAGGAAGAGGAGAAACGCCUUGUGGAAGAAAAUGCAAAGCUGCGAGAAGAGUGUGAGAUGAAACCGAGACACUGGUCAGCAAGCCUAUCGGAUGAACUCCAAAACCCUAGCAUGGAGGUGGAGGUGGAGGUGGAGACAGAAUUAUUUAUUGGACCACCAGAGAUAAGAAGUAUCCAAAAACCCGAGUGUGCUAACUAGUAAUUUAUGAUUUUAAUAGAUUAUAUUGAAGCUUCAAAACUUUCUGAAGGUUCAAAGCAGCUUUUUUGUUUUUUUUCGUGUUUUUCCAUCUUGGGUUGUGAUGAAAAAUAAAUUGUGAAUAUAAAUAUUUAGUUGUUAAAAGGUAAGAAAGAUGGAAGUAUAUAAGUUGUGAGUUAUUGUACGAUUUCGUGUGUGAAAGAGUUAUGUAACAUACUGGGAAAUUUAUCCUUAUUUUUACUAUUAGUU